AUGCAGAAGCAGCACAAGCUCAUCGCGCCGGGCGCCGCCAUGCUCGACCUAGGCUGCGCCCCCGGCUCGUGGCUCCAGCCUUGCUGGUGGCCUGUCAGAACCUGGGCCCCCUCGAAAAGGGUGGCGUUGUUUUCGGCGUCGAUGUUAAGUAAUUCGGUUGUUGCAGAGCAGAAGGUGAAGGUCCCCUCUGCGCACUGUGACUCACGGGUCAGGACGGUCCGUGCAGAUGUCAUGACUCUGAUGAAGCAGCAGGCUCGGGCGAUGUCGCCACAGACGUGUCCACCAGUUUCAGGGAUCACAACCAAAGAUGGAGCUAUAUCUUGUGAGUUGGGCAUGCGUGCUCUCUCGCUGGCAGUAGGGAAGAUAAAGUUAAAAGAGUCUGAUUACAGUGAGACACUAGAGAAGUAUCUGAGCUCCACCGAGCCCGAUCCUGAUGAGGAUGGUGUUCUUCGUCGUGGAGGCAACCUAGUAAUGAAGUUCCUGGAGAAUGAGGACAUAUCAGGUCAUUAUAAGUUCUGGCCAUUAUCUGAUCUUAGAAGUGCUGCUCUUCCACUAAAGCUUAAAUUAAUUGUACUGUUUCAUCUGACAGUGACAAUUUGGCCCAGCUAA